AUGACAACGACAAAAUACCAGGCCGUUUCCAUUGGUGCACGUGCUGCUUCUCCCAAGGAUGGUCAUCAGAAGGCCAAUGCCUUUUCGAAGCUCCUCUUUCGAUGGGCGACGCCAUUGAUGGCUCUGGGCAACGAGCGGCAACUUGACCCCGCUGACGUAUGGCCUCUUCAGCUCGAGAACCAGUGCAGCGUCGUCGGUCGUGUAUUUGAGCCCGUGUUCAUCCAAUCGCACUCGAUCAUGUGGGCCAUCGCGUCCGUGUUUGGGUGGGACAUGCUCUGGAUUCUAGUCAUGCAAGUGGGUAAAGUCCUAGGCUCCCUCUACGGUCCAUACGUGCUGCAGCAGAUCGUGCUGUCCAUGGAAUCAAAUGCUGGUUUCGACAUCACGUACUGCCUCGAGCUCAUCGCGUCGCUCGUGGUGGUGCGCGUCGUGUCGGCGCUUCUGUCGGCGCACUCGGACUUGCAAAUGCAAAUGGUUGUCGUCAAGGUCACGUCGGCCCUCCAGCACUUGUUGUUUCAAAAGUCGCUUCGAUUGGACGCCGCAUCGCGUCGAGUCAAGUCCACGGGUGAGAUCUCUAACUUGUUCUUGUCCGACAUUCCCACGAUCGUGGCCUUUUCCAUGGUGGGCAACCAACUCGUGAUCCUACCGGUCCAAAUCAUCUUGACGCUGUGGCUGCUCUACACUGUGAUCGGGUGGUCCACGUUUGUCGGGGCCGCAGUCGUCGUAUUCACGCUAGGGGGCAACCAGUUCCUGUCCAACACGAUCGAGACGACCUUUGACGCGCUCAUGAGCCAAAAAGACACGCGCAUGAAAGCGAUCAACGAAAUGUUUGGCGCGAUGCAAAUCAUCAAACUGAAUGCGUGGGAAGAAAUGUUUGCCGCGAAAUUGGCCGUCGAACGCACCAAAGAGCUCGAGAUUUUGUGGCGUUUGUUCGUUCUCGUCACGAUCAGUGUCGUGCUGCUCUACUUGGGGCCAACUCUCGUGACCAUUGCCUCGUUUGCAUCGUACACGUUGCUGCAGCACCAAACCCUCCCCGCGUCGACCUUGUUUACCGCGCUCAGCUACUUUACCAUGCUCAAGUUUCCAUUUUCGUCACUGUCGAUGACCAUCUCCUCGACCAUGCAAGCGCUCGUGUCUCUUCGACGUGUGACAGAGUUCCUCGACUUGACCGAAAAGAACGCGACCACCGUCUUCACGCCAGCCACGGCCCCCAAGGACAGGCUCCAGAACUACGUCGACAACGACGUGGUUGUGGCCAUCGAAAACGCGAGCAUUGGCUGGGACGUAGCCACCCCCCUCUUCCGAAACGUCAACUUGACCAUCAAGCGCGGCGAGUUUGUGGUCGUGCAUGGGUCGGUGGGCGAAGGCAAGUCGUCCCUGUGUGCCGCCUUGUUGGGCGAAAUGGACAAGUUCAACGGGUCCAUCUUUGUGGGGGGGCGUGUCGCGUACUACUCGCAGCAAGCGUGGAUUCAAAACAUGACCAUUCGCGACAACAUCCUCUUUGGUCACCCCUACGACCGCGUCAAGUACAACAACGUGCUGGCUGCAUGUGCACUGUCCAAGGACCUGACGCUGUUUCCAGCCGGCGACCGGACCGAGAUUGGCCAGAAGGGGGUCAACUUGUCGGGGGGGCAGAAGGCCCGCAUCAGCCUGGCCCGGGCGUGCUACAGUGACGCCGACAUUUUCAUCUUGGACUCGCCCUUGUCUGCUGUGGACGCGAUCGUGCAAAACGAGAUUUUCACCAAGUGUUUUCUCGGUUUGCUUCGUCUCAAGACGAUCGUGUUGGUCACGCACUCGCCGGAAAUCAUCGCGUCCUCAUUUAUCCAUCGCACGAUUGAAGUAAAGGACGGCCAAGUGGUCGAUCAGGAUGUGGUGGCUCUGGAAACCAGUCACGAUAGGACGAUCUUGAUCGACCCAACGUUGCCUAGUCGACCUGGGUUUCAAGUGUCCAACGAAGUGUUGACGAAAGCGUACACGCCGACGCCCAACGACUACAGCACGAUCAUGUCGCCGUCCGUGUCGUCGCCCCUUGGCGGGCUCGGGGACAACUUAUUUACGCCGGUGAUGAAGCUCCGUGGCCAGACAUUCGACGACGUUUCUGGCCAAUUAGUGCAGGACGAAGAGCGGAUGCAAGGCGACGUGUCAUUGUCCGUGUACAGCGAGUACCUAGAUGCGGCGGGGGGGUACGGUGCCGUGGUGAGUUUGUUAUUUGGGUUGAUCUUGUGGCAAGCGCUCACCGUGGGCAGCGACCUGUGGUUGAACGUGUGGACAGGCACGGUUGCAACCGAGUCCCCUCAGUAG